GGUUAAUUGAAGGUAAUAGUAACGUCAAAAAUAUAAAAACGUAUGAUUUUUUAAAAAACUAUAUCAUUUAGUUGCAAAAGUUUUAGGGGAAAACAAUAGCUUAGCAAACAAAAUGAAACUGCUUGUAGUUUGUUUGGCCUUAGUUGCCUUGGCUUAUGCAGAUGUUUCUCAUUUGGGCUAUGACUAUCAGGCUCCCAGCUCAAUGGCCUUUGAUUUGCCACAACCCAACAACAACUAUUUGCCUCCAGUGGCUGCCAAAACUGAACCUUUACCCGUUAAAAUGUAUUUACCCCCCGCCCCUGUUGUAACACCCAAGAAAACUUACAUACCACCUGUAGCUGUAAAGAGUGAACAUCUACCCGUCACUAUGUACUUACCACCCGCACCAGUUACGGCUCCCAAAAAUACCUAUAUUCCUCCCAAACCUGUUACAGCCCCCAAACCCAACAAUGACUACUUGCCUCCUGUUCCACCCAUGAAAAUACAUUUGCCUACAGCUCCUGCCAAACCUGUACAAUUACCUAUAGUUCCCAAAAAAUCCUACUUACCACCGGCUCCUGCAGCACCUAAGCAUACACCCCACAACACUUAUCUCCCUCCAGCUGAGGAAACUGCUCCUGCAAAGCGCAUUAUCACACCACCUGCACCCCGUCUUGAAGAUUUAGUUCCACCACAACCUCCUCAAAGACAUUAUGAAGAUUCUGAAGUAUUUACCGAAGAUGGUUACAAGACUGUUCGCAAACAUAAAUACUAGGAAAUUCAUUUGUGAUAU